UGUUGUUCAGUCGUUGAAUAAUUCCAUUGAAGAACGAAUCUACUACGGGUAUCUAGCUGGCUCUUCACUUUCAGCUCUCAGUUUGUUCGAAUCGAAGAUCAACUCUCUGGUUCAGUAUCCGUCGCAUGAGCACAUAGAGGGAGACGCGGAUAUUUGCGUGAGUUUUAAUUUUAAAACAAAUCCCGAAUACAACAGGACGGGAGCGUUUGCCGAUUAAGCGAGCGCGAAAGUUGGUUGUUUUGUGGAAGGUUGUGUAUUUCCGUACGGGUUUUGUUCGUUUUACAGCGCUUCAGACCCGGGUUAUUCUCAUUGUUCGGUGGUGGCCUUCGCGGGUAGCCGAUUGUUACAAGAAUCCGAAGAGUCGAUGAAUAUUGGACGCUUAUUAUUAUUCAGUGUAUGUUGGAGCUGGAACGUGAUCCUGUGAAUUUUCACCGGUAAUUUGUGAAUGGUGCGAUAAAAUUCCAGUGCUGUUUUGCGUAAAAUGUGAUUCGGUGAAUGUUGACCGGGUUGUCUUGAGGAAAGUUGAGUUUAAAAGCGUAGAGUUUACAUCAGAGGAAUGUAGUAAAGGAUGACGGAUGGCCCUGAAUGAGCGCGGGCGGCAGCGCAGGGAGCGGCGGGGGCUCAGGGGGCAGCACAUCGACCGCGGCUCUUCGUGCGGCGGCCGCGAAGGGAAACGUUGCGGCAUGCGCCCGCAUCCUGGGCGGUCAGAGAUGCGUGCGGUUCUCCAGAGACGAACUGGGACGGUCCGCCCUGCACCUGGCCGCCCAAGGAGGACACGCGCCCGUCGUCAGGUUGCUGCUGGGCGUCGCGGCGCCCAAGGAGGUGGAUUCGCCGGACGGGGACGGCUGCACGGCGUUGCAGAGGGCGGCGGCGGACGGCCACGAGGAGGUCAUCAAGUUGCUGUUGGCCAGAGGGGCGGAUGCUGACAAGCAGGACAGCGUGCAUGGCAACAGCGCCUUGCACGAGGCCUCGUGGAAGGGCUACAGCAAGACCAUAAGGCUUCUGGCAGCCGCUGGUGCAAAACUGGACUCCCCCAACGCCGGAGGCUUCACGCCACUCCAUCUUUGUUGCCAAAACGGACACAAUCAGUCUUGCCGAGAGCUUCUAUUGGCCGGGUGUGACGUUGACAUGAAAAACCAUUACGGCGACACGUCUUUACACACUGCUGCCAGGUAUGGACAUGCUGGGGUCACUAGGAUCCUCAUAUCCGCCCAGUGUAAGGUCUCCGAACAAAACAAAAACGGAGAUACAGCUCUACACAUCGCUGCAGCUAUGGGAAGACGUAAACUGACCAGGAUAAUACUGGAGGCAGGCUGCGACAAGAGAGUGAGGAACAAGCAGGGCGAAACAGCGCGAGACAUCGCCAUACGCAAAGACCUCCACGAGAUUCUGUCCAUCUUGGACGACUGUACCGGUUUCCGAAGAGAUAAAAAAUCCACGCGUAGCAAGAAACCUAGGGGAAAGAGCAAAGUCAGAUUUGAAGCCAAGGAAGGAGAUGACACCUUGGAGUUGGCGAAGGGUCGCCAUUGGUCUCCCUACGGCUGUCAUUAUUAUCCAGACCCUGAAGCCUUCCCAUCGCCACGACUAGACUCCCUACCUCAAGAACCCCUGAAGAAAGGCGAACAGUACUACUUGGACCUUGCAGGUAAUAUCAGGAAAGGACCGGUGGGUGUGGGUUACACUUGCUACUGCGCCCCACUGUUCAGACACAUCGAGGCUAAGAUGGAGAAAGACAAGAGGGAACUGCAGAAGGCGCAGUUGAGGUUGGGACAAAGGGUGGCGGGUUUGGAGCAGAAGCUAAACAGGGGAGUGCUAGGUAGGAGGUCGGAGAGGGUGACGAUGAUGAACAAGGAGGCUCAAGAACCGCAGUUACCCAGAUCCAGGAGCUUGGAGAUGUUGGAUAGUAUAGAGAAGGGACCGCUACAGUCUACAAGGAGCAUGGACGAGCUGGACAACGACAACAACCCUGAUCAGAGACCUACGGUGAAAGAACUAGUGGCUAGAAUCCAACAGCAACAAUCAGAGAAGCAGAGAGACGGAGAUAACAGCGAGAGUAGCGACGACGAGGACAGUCCCAUAAGGUUCUCCCAGCAGCUUGGAAUCAUGGGCGAUUCCAACCUCUCCAACAUCCCUUCGGAGCUGCCCAGGAGCAGGAGUGGGGUCUAUAACGCAGAUUUGGGCGGCGCGGUUUACGACCCAGGUCCUUCCAGACACCUGGAACCGACGGUGAUCAUAAACCACGGCAGGAGUUCGAACGAGCAUUCGGCCGAAAGUCAGGCCAGUUACGUCGGCGACAAUUCUAGAUAUUACAACCACCAUAACGCAGUCUCCACCAAGUACGUGGAUUUGAACUCUCGUUUCGCCAAGUUGAGGGUGUUGGACGGGAGGAACAAUAACGAAAGUGCCUCUAGGAUGAUGGACGGUGGUAAAAUAUUCGAAAGUACCGCGAGAAUGCUCGAAAGUGCGCACGAUACGGCCGACAGAGACACUAAUAACGAUUCAGGGUAUUCGACUAAAGUUUACGGAAGUUCUAAGGGGAAUUCUCCAAGUUUGUCCGGACAAUUGGAAGGAGAAAUCCCUGGGGCGUCCAGCUUGGUCUAGGUGUGAAGAUUUUUUAAAUCUCCGUUGAUUUUCGUCAGCUGAGAUCUUUUGAAGAUCACUCUGUAUAUGUAUUUUUUCCAAUUUUACUGGAUUAUUGUAUAUUUUAAUUGAUCCGAGAUGUUUUUGUAUAUUUCAAUGCAUUGCGAAAUAAAUAUAUGCGUAUAAUUUUUUUAAAAGGA